CUGCUCCCCUUUAUUUCCACUCCCCACCCGCGGGGCUCUGCCCUCCCUCCCUCUCUCUCCCCCUCGGCUCGGCUGUAUUUGGAGCUCCCGGAAGCCGCCGGCGACUCUCCCCGGGAGCAGCGUGACUGACACCGGCUCCGCUUCGGGGGGGAGGAGGGCGCGGGAGGAGGGUGCGAGUGGCCGGACUCGGAUUUGCGCCGCCGGGGACCCGACCUCGGGGCUCCCAGCAGAUUCUGAUGGCAAUAUCUGUUAUCUCUUGUCCCAAGAAGUGUGCAAAAGCACGAACUAAAACUGGACAGCUGAAUUUCCCCACCACCACCGAGCAUCUUCAUUCUCUUUUAUCACCUGGGUUUAGGACCGGACAGAGGACAACCUCAUUAAGCCAAAGGGACGUGGCUUUCAGCAAGAAUGGCAGAGAUGCAAGGACUGAUGGAGAGGCUGGAACGGGUGGUCGGCCGACUGGAGUCGCUGUCUGCAGAGUCACACCGGCCUCCUGGGGACUGUGAGGGACUUAAUGGUGUCAGUAGAGGUGUGGCACCCUCCGUGGAAGCCUUUGAUAAGCUGAUGAACAGCAUGGUGGCGGAGUUUUUACAGAAGAGUAGGAUCCUUGCUGGCGAUGUGGAGACUCACGCGGAAAUGGUGCAUAGUGCUUUCCAGGCCCAGCGGGCUUUCCUUCUGAUGGCCUCUCAGUACCAACAACCCCAAGAGAAUGAUGUCGCUGCGCUUCUGAAACCAAUCUCAGAAAAGAUCCAGGAAAUCCAAACCUUCAGAGAGAGAAACCGGGGGAGUAAAAUGUUUAAUCAUCUCUCGGCGGUCAGCGAAAGCAUCCCUGCCCUUGGGUGGAUAGCUGUGUCCCCCAAACCCGGUCCUUAUGUCAAGGAGAUGAAUGAGGCUGCCACCUUUUACACUAACAGAGUCUUAAAGGACUACAAACACAGCGAUUUACGCCAUGUGGAUUGGGUGAAGUCCUAUUUGAACAUUUGGAGUGCUCUGCAAGCAUACAUCAAGGAACACCAUACCACCGGCCUGACUUGGAGCAAAACUGGGCCAGUAGCAUCAACCGCAUCGGCAUCGUCCGUCCUGUCCCCUGGGCCUGGCCUUCCUCCGCCCCCUCCCCCACCCCCUCCUCCAGGGCCACCUCCACUUUUUGAGAAUGAAGACAGAAGAGAGGAGCCCUCCCCUUCACGCUCAGCUCUAUUUGCCCAACUUAACCAAGGGGAAGGAAUUACGAAAGGGCUCCGGCACGUCACAGAUGACCAGAAGACAUACAAGAAUCCCAGCCUACGGACUCAAGGAGGACAAACUCCAUCUCCUACCAAAAGCCUCUCUCCAGGCUCCAGGGCCCCCCCAUCUCAUCCUCCUCAGAAACAUGCUCCCGUGUUCGAGUUGGAAGGAAAGAAAUGGAGAGUCGAGUAUCAAGAGGACAGGCAUGACCUUGUGAUUUCGGAGACCGAACUGAAACAAGUGGCUUACAUUUUCAGCUGCAACAAGUCCACUCUACAGAUGAAAGGAAAAAUAAAUUCCAUUACAAUCGACAACUGUAAGAAGUUUGGCCUUGUGUUUGACAACGUGGUAGGCAUUGUGGAAGUGAUCAAUUCCAAGGACAUUCAGAUGCAGGUCAUGGGGAAAGUGCCAACGAUUUCCAUUAAUAAGACGGAAGGUUGCCACAUCUACCUCAGUGAAGAUGCACUGGACUGUGAGAUCGUGAGUGCCAAAUCAUCUGAAAUGAAUGUCCUGAUUCCUCAGGAUGGUGAUUAUAGAGAAUUUCCUGUUCCAGAACAGUUCAAGACAGCCUGGGACGGAUCCAAGUUGGUCACGGAACCUGCAGAAAUUAUGGGCUAACCUCCAGAGAGACUGAGCCCCCUGACCUGAACCCAUCAAAAAAAGAAAUAAAAGCAAAACAAAAAAAACAAAAAAACAAGCAGCAUUGAAGACCUAGAAGUCGCAGGAACACCUACUGCUUUAGUUUUGGCUUCCAGCAGUUCUGUGUUCUAGAAACAGCAUCGUUUCUGGCAUGCCUUCGUGGGCAUUUUGAAGUAUUUAACGUUUCUUCAUGAUUUGCCUUUGUGUGUAAUUUGAGUUCCACAUGAUGACUAGUGAGCAUUACACAUUUUAAGGGGGAGGGGAGAAUUCUGUCCCCCUAAUAUCAUGAACACAGUAGCUGAUAGGUAAAAAUACUGCAUGAUUCAAUUUGACACUUCGGUUUAAUUGCUAGUUGGAAAAUAAAACCUCUGAGAAUCUAAGAUGUACAUUUUUACCCUUGAGACAGUUUCAGUGUGAUGCAGUAGUAAUAUGCUCUGAAAAGUUUUGACCUUUUUUCCCUCGUUUUUACCAAAUGUUCACCUUUGUCAGCGUGGAUACAUUGUCAGCAUGAUACAUAUUUCAAGGCACUUUUUUUUUUUUUUACAAAACGUAAGAAAGUUCCAUCCAUUAUCCAGUUUCUUGGUCCUUAAAAGACUUGUAUUCUUUACAGUUACUAAAACUUAAAACUAAAAGUCAUUUCUAAUUUUUCUUAAAAUAUUCCUCUGCCAUUGUCAAAUGGGAAACUUUUACUUUUCUGCAGAAAGUUUUUUUUUUUAUGCCAAACGAUUGGUGGGAGGAGGCAGACAGAUUACCUCACAAUUUUGCUCAAAGAUCAAGCUCAUAAAUUUUUUUUGUUUCCCAGUGUUGAACCUGUUGAAUGAGUAAUCAGAUGCCUUGUAAAGUGUGUCGUUAAUGUUUUAUUAUAGACUUCCUUUUUCGCUUUCCAGACUUCUAACCAGUCUCAAAACGAUGAGAGUUAAAAAGCCAUAGAUGUAACACUUCUUCCAAAACCUAAGAAAUUGUUUGUUGGCUUGACUUGCUGCUCCUAUUUUGUAGUAUUGAUAGAACAUGCUUUUCCAGUACAAGAGAAACUAGCAUAUUCCUUUGUAUUCUUUCAGUACACAGCGCUGAACAAUCCACAACUUGUUGGAUCAGUGUAAUGAAUUCUAGUAUAAUGCUUGCAGACCCAAUACAAGCAUAUAUAUAUUGUGCCUCCUACAGCCUUUGGGAUACGUCGUUUCCGUUUUUUAAAUACCUUCUAUACCCAUACAGUAUUCAAAUUACUAAUGCUCAUGUACCAAGGUUUUGCUAUAAAAGUUUUGUUCAUAUGAAUUACGUGGCUUUAGUAAAUAUCUUUUUUUUCAACUGUAAACCUAUUCUGAAAUAAAGUAAAAUUCUAAUUGUUUAAA